AUGUCCGAAACAUGCGAGAACUCGGAUUAUUCAUACUACGACGCGAUAUAUUUUGAUAUUACGGAAUUUCUUACCGAGUACGAAAAGUUGCCGUGUUUAUGGGAUAGGGCACACGAACUUUUUAAAAACCGGGAAAGCCGUGCGAAGGCCGAGGAAAUUCUUAGCCGAAAACUCGGCAUUAUGGACUCAAAAACCCUUAGAAGGAAGAUUAGGAGUGUCCGUGGUACUUAUAAUACUGAAAUACGUAAAGUGAAGCUGUCUUUGGAGAGUGGACACGAAGUAUACGUGCCGAAACUAUCGUGGUUUCAUUUAGCAGAUAGCUUCCUAAGGGUGACUACUGACCUGCCCUCUGAUAUUGUGUUCCAAUUAGAUUCCCAUCAAUCCAAUACACAGAAGAAGUUACUACAAAAGCUGCCAAGACAAAAAGGUGUAACCGUAGUCAUGUUGCGGAAGACAAAAAAUAACAAGACUUAUGGAGAUAUGGAGGAAAAUGAUGAUUUAUAUGAAAAUGAAGAGGCUUUAAAGGACAACUUCAGAGGCAAAUAA